AACUAAACCAAACCAAACAUAAUAAUGGAAUUGAUAAAGCAUCAUCGAGAUUCGGACAUGUACCUUUUGUUUUGUUCCAGUUCCAAUCCAACUCAGCUCCAAUAUUUGAUGUGUUGAAACACACACGCACACAUACUGCGCCUAAAUGGCCGAUUCACGGCCGCUUCUGCUCAACGAUUCCGAGCCAACUCAGUUCCAAACCACCCGAGUCGCUUCUCUCGACGUCUUCCGAGGCCUCUCUGUCUUUCUCAUGAUAUUUGUGGAUUAUGGGGGGUCCAUCCUCCCCUUUAUUGCUCACGUCCCCUGGAAUGGGAUCCACUUGGCUGAUUUCGUCAUGCCGUUUUUUCUCUUUAUUGCUGGAAUUUCUCUCGCACUUGUUUAUAAGAGAAGGCCGCAGAAAACACAAGCUACAUGGAAAGCUUUAGCUAGAGCAAUGAAACUCUUUGCUCUUGGUAUUGUUCUCCAAGGUGGCUAUUUUCACGGGAUAACUUCCUUGACUUUCGGUGUUGACAUUGAAACAAUUCGAUUGAUGGGCAUUUUACAGAGGAUAUCAAUUGGAUACAUUGUUGCAGCUUUAUGUGAGAUCUGGCUUCCAGCUCCGCGAUUGAAAGAAUUAGGUUUCUUCAAAAGUUAUUACUGGCAUUGGUUUCUUGCAGUAAUAUUGUUGGCAGUUUACUCGGUAUUAUUGUAUGGUUUAUAUGUUCCAGAUUGGCACUUUGAUGUGUCAUCCUCAACCUCUUCAUUGUCUCCUUUUAGUGGUGGUGAUUUUUACACGGUGAAUUGUUCCGUGAGAGGGGAUCUUGGACCUGCUUGUAAUUCUGCUGGAAUGAUUGAUCGCUAUAUUCUUGGUCUUGGCCAUCUGUAUAGAAAGCCUGUUUACAGAAAUCUUAAGGAGUGCAAUAUGUCUAGUAAGGGUCAAGUUUCAGAUAGCUCACCUUCCUGGUGUCAUGCUCCUUUUGAUCCAGAAGGCAUUUUAAGCUCCAUAACAGCUGCAGUUUCAUGCAUAAUUGGACUUCAAUAUGGUCACGUUCUUGCCCAUCUACAGGACCACAAAGGGCGCAUAGACAACUGGAUGUGUUUUUCCUUUUCAUUUUUGGGCCUUGGAUCGUUCCUUGCCUUAAUAGGAAUUCCUCUAAAUAAAUCGCUGUACACAGUCAGCUAUAUGCUAUUAACUUCUGCAGUUUCUGGUCUUACAUUCAUUGCUUUAUAUGUUUUGGUAGAUGUUCAUGGUUACAGGCGUCUGACAGCUGGGUUGGAGUGGAUGGGAAAGCACGCCUUGAGUAUAUUUGUGCUUGUAUCUUCAAACUUGGCCGUGAUAGCAAUUCAAGGAUUUUAUUGGACUCAACCCGAAAACAACAUUAUACACUGGAUUGUUUUAAUAUUCUUGCAAUUUCUUAAAAUGUCGAAGGAAGUGAGCCAAGAAGGAGAGCAGAGGAAGGACUACGUGGACCCUCCGCCAGCGCCUCUCAUCGACUUGGCGGAGAUUAAGCUCUGGUCCUUCUACAGAGCCCUCAUCGCCGAGUUCAUCGCCACACUCCUCUUCCUCUACGUGACGGUGGCCACCGUCAUCGGCCACAAGAAGCAGAGCGGAGCAUGCGAGGGCGUUGGGCUGCUGGGGAUCGCAUGGGCCUUCGGCGGCAUGAUCUUCGUGCUGGUGUACUGCACCGCCGGCAUUUCAGGUGGACACAUAAACCCUGCGGUGACUUUUGGACUCUUCCUGGCGCGCAAGGUGUCUCUCCUCAGAGCCCUCCUUUACAUGGUAGCGCAGUGCUUGGGCGCUAUCUCCGGCGUUGGCUUGGUGAAGGCCUUCAUGAAGCACUCCUACAACUCCCUGGGCGGCGGUGCUAACUCCGUCAACUCCGGCUACUCCAAAGGGUCUGCUCUGGGUGCUGAGAUUAUCGGCACUUUUGUCCUCGUUUACACCGUUUUCUCGGCCACCGACCCCAAGAGAAGCGCUCGUGACUCUCAUGUCCCAGUUUUGGCCCCAUUGCCCAUUGGGUUUGCAGUUUUCAUGGUUCACUUGGCUACCAUUCCCAUCACGGGUACCGGGAUUAAUCCAGCUAGGAGCUUCGGUGCUGCUGUUAUCUACAACAAUGCCAAAGUUUGGGAUGACCAUUGGAUCUUUUGGGUUGGGCCAUUUGUGGGAGCGUUGGCGGCGGCGGCCUACCACCAGUACAUACUGAGAGCGGCGGCUAUUAAGGCGUUGGGAUCGUUCCGGAGCAACCCCACCAACUAAGUCCACCACAACGACAGAGAUAGGAUAGGGUUUUCAUUUCUGUUUGCAUUCUUAAUUUAUUGCUUCAUGUCUGUCUUUCCUAUUUAUUAUUUCUUUCCUUUGUUUGGUUUGAUUGUAUCACAUGUGAGAUUAUGACCCUUAUUUGCUCUAUCUCGAUUAUUCUUUGCAGUUUGCACUCACC